UUGUGACAAUCCAACCGAAAGUACAUUUUCACAAAAAACAAGGAUUAGUUUGGUUUUUGGUACAUAAUUGGGUUGUUUACUUCUGGAAAACCAUGGCUCAAACGGAGGCCAAUCUCACAGAGCAAUUGGACAAUGAAGAAGUAAGGGAAAUUCUUAAAAACACCACUGAUUUACGUCAAUAUUCGCGACAAAUCGAAAAGGAGUUUAAGGAGGUGGAGAAUAAAAGCAUCGAAGACUAUAUCAAAGAAUCUCAAAACAUUGCUGCUCUACACAACCAAAUUGGCGAGUGUGAUGAUGUUUUGGAACGUAUGGAAAACAUGCUCAUGAGUUUUCAAAGUGUUCUAAGCAACAUUAGCACGGAAAUCACUCAACUGCAAAAGAAAUCUGUUGCAAUGUCGGUACAAUUGACCAACCGCCAAUCUGUGAAGGCACAAUUGUCACAGUUCAUAGAAGACAUGGCGGUGUCCGAAGAAAUGAUUAUGUCCAUUAUGGAAACUCCAGUCACAGAGAAGGAAUUUGAAAAGCAAUUGAAUAUUCUAAAUCACAAAUUGUCCUUGGUGAAGGAACUGAGUUUCAAAGAAUCUAAAGCCACAACUGAUGUGGCAGAUGUCUUGCACAAACUUCGACUGAAAGCAAUGUCAAAAAUACGCCAAUACAUGCUGGAACAAAUCUACAAAUUUCGCAGACCCAUGACAAAUUAUCAAAUACCACAAAAUGCAAUGCUGAAACAUAAGUUUUUCUUUGAGUUUAUAUUGUCGAACGAGCGUCAAGUGGCUCAGGAGAUAUGCAACGAAUACAUUGAUACCAUGAGUAAAAUAUAUUACAGCUAUUUCAAGAGCUAUUCAUCUCGUUUGGCUAGUUUGAGAUUCGAAGAAUCCUGCACUAAAGAUGAUCUGAUGGGUAUAGAGGACAAUGUUUCCAAGGGUCUUUUUGCCAAGACCACAAGUUUGAAACACAAAAGUACUAUUUUCACAAUUGGCAAGAGGGGCGAAAUUCUCAAUCAACAGUUGGAAGCACCAAUAAUUGUACCACAUGCACAGAUGAAGAAUAGGUAUACAUUUGAGGCUCUAUUUCGCUCGGAACAAUAUGCUCUGGUGGACAAUGCCUGCCGUGAAUAUCUUUUUGUAACCGAAUUUUUUAUGGUGCGAGGAGCCCAAGCCCAGGAUUUAUUCAAUCAAAUAAUGGGCAAAACGCUAAGUCUGAUGAUAAAAAAUCUUGAGACCAGUAUCCAAGACUGCUUUGACACAAUAGCCAUGUUUUUAUGUAUUCAACUGAUAUUCCGCUACCAACUGAUGUGUCACAAAAGAUGUGUGCCAGCAUUGGAUAAAUAUUGGGACUCCUUGCAAGCGGUAUUUUGGCCAAGAUUUGAAUAUGUUUUUCGAUUGAAUAUUCAAAGUAUAAGGGACUGUGAUCCUACCAAAUUCAGCAAGGAAAUGGGACCGCAUUAUAUCACCCGCCGUUAUGCUGAAUUCUCAGCGGCCAUAGUCGGCAUUUCGGAACAUUUUCCCAAUGAAUUGGUCAGCCGCCUUCUACUCGAAUUACAAAACGAAGUUGAAUGUUUCAUUUUGCGCAUGGCUGCCAUAUUCCCCAAUCGCAAAGAACAACUAAUUUAUCUGAUAAAUAACUAUGACCUCGUGUUGGGCGUUCUUAUGGAACACACUCGCGAUAAUUCCAAAGAAGCUGAGGCAUUCCGUGAACAACUCAAUGCCCGCAGUGCUGAAUAUGUCGAAGAGAUAUUGGCACCACAUUUCGGUGGUAUUAUACACUUUGUCAAGGAAUGUGAACCUCUGUAUGAGAAAGAACAGAUGGAUGAAGUGCGAAAACAAGAACGCAGAAGUCUUUCGUUGGUUGCUAGUUUCUCCACAAGUUGGAAAAAGUCAUUGGAGGAAUUAAAUCGUGAAGUUUUAUUAUCAUUCCCUUCUUUACUGACCGGCUCCCAGCUCUUACAAUUGGCUUUGGCCAGCCUUGUGCAAUAUUAUCACAGAUUCCAUAAAUUAUUAACACCAAAUGCUAGGGCCCAACUUACAAAUAUCCAUGUGGUUAUGGUGGAGAUGAAAAAAUAUAAAUGUAAUUAUUAGGGAAUUUAAGUACGUUGUUUUCUAGAUUUCACUGUGUAUUCCAUUAGUAGUUUUAAUAAAUUGUAUAUGACUCUUUGACGGGGGUUUCUGAUAAACAAAUAAACUAAUUAUUUAAUGUACAA